UUGAUUUUUUGCCAUUGCUUUAGAAGUAUUAAAUUUUAUUUUAAUAUUAUUUUAACCGAAAAAUGAUAGUUUAUUUUAAAGAAAAACUAGAAUCUAAGUGUAAUUUGCAUUGCCUGUAUAAUAUUUAUAAGAUUAAUCAUUAAUUUAUUGUUGAUGAGCAUUCUGAUACUUAAGUGAACUCGUGUUAUCAGUCUGUGUUUGUUGUUCUUGCGCUAAGAGAUAAAGUUGUUUAAAAAUGACGGAUAGUAAAGCUCUGGUGAUGGCGACGGCGGGCGUGAUGAUGGAUAAGUCCAAGGAACUGCAGAAGGAGAUUCUGAUGGAGAAACUACGAUCCAAAACAUCACAGAACAAAAAUUUAAGUGAAACUUCGAAAGCUGUUCGCAUGGCUAUGCUGGAUAAGAGAUGGGCAGUGGACAGUGCAGACCGUAUGAUUUUACAAAAAUGCCUCGACAGCUUACAGCAUUGUAUAAAGGUGAGCUCUCUACAGAGCCUUAUAGAGAGAUUGGAGUGCUUGUCCAGACAACUUGGAUUGAAAUUUGUAGUGGGAACAUCAGGGGUAAAUUUAUUCAUAUCAUCUGAUAUGUUUUAUUUGGAAAUAUUAGUUGAAUCAUCGGGUAAUGUCAAAGAUGUUAAAAUUCAUCAUGAGGGCAAGAUAGAACAACAGAGCUGUGAGGAACUAGUACAAUGUAUAUCGCGAGGUGACUUUGCAGACUUCACUGCACAGCUGGAAGGUCUCACUGCUGUGUACCAAUUAAAUGCUGAGAAAAAAGUAAAAUGUAAAGCAUUCAGUGCAUUGCAAAGUUUAGAAGAAGAUUUAUGCACUUUGAGACAGUUGCAAAGUUUCAUAAAAGAUCCUUGGGCUCAAGUCCAUAAAAGUCCUAUUGGAUUCUUACAAAAAAGGAGAGGAGGUCACGCGCUACGUCUAACUUACUUCGUAUCUCCAUACGAACUGUUGGAUAAGGACAAAGGUUUGCAACCACUGACAGUAGAGUUGCUGACAAUAGGAAAGCCAUCAGCCUCGACUGGGCUAGCUUCGUUAGUGGCGCCCUCUCACACGCCCAUAGGACACUCAGCAACAGUUCUUCUAGAAGGAUCCACUGCGAACAAGCUUCAACUGUCGCCUAUUAUAUCUGGCGCUCAGAGACCAGGGAAAGGAAAUGGUCCAGUGUACUCACAACUAGUGCCCCAGAAUAGCGCCAUGCUACCAGCUUGCUACACUCUGAAGCUCUCUCAACCCACACCACUGUGUGCGGGACUCGCCAAACUCAUUCAUGCUACAACUGAGGUAGAAGUGUCAGGCGAUUGGGCUAAUGCUAAGCCCAUCAUGGGGCUGGUGGCUCAACAGGCGUACAACAAACUUGCCCCCGGGAAAGUGGUCGAGUUGAAUCUCAGCAAGGGUCUGUUUGUGAGCCUGCCCGAGCAGUGGCAGUGUUACUUCCUGUGCGAAAGCCGCGGACUGGACGGCUGCGUGGUGCACAGCGUGCCGUUCACGCACCCGUCGCACGUGCCGCCGCUGCUGGCCGCGCUGCGCCAGCAGGCGCUGUUCAACGCGCUCGUCGCCAGCUGCGUGCGGCUGCAGACCAAGCAAGUGAUGGAGCUGGAGAGCGUGCUGAUGUUCGAAGUGAGCGCGCUGUCGUGGCAGCACAUCUCCAUCUCGCUGGAGCACCCGCUGGACGAGAGCAUGGCCACCGUGGAGCUGGAGCUGAGCGAGCCGGCCGCGCCGCGCGCCGCCGUCUACACGCUCAACGCGCCGCCCAGGGAACACGUGGACGACUACAUCACCAAGGUGCUGCAGAAGAGCCACUCCAUACCUAUCACCCUCAGAUCUCUUGUCAAAAUCUGGGAGAGAGAAGCGGCAACAAAACAGAUAAAUGGCAGCUACUCAGCGUUGGAGUCAAAUUUUAGCUGUGGCAUGGGGGGCAUCGACCCCGGGGGUGACAUUAAACAGGAACCUACCAAUGUCAGCCACCCGCACCAAGGCGGUUCAUAUCUCUCAGAGCAGCAACACCACCUAACGAUGCUAUGCCAAGAUCCUAACACAAGCGAAAAACCGCAGGGUUCCGAAGAGCGUAAGUCGAAAAAGCGGAAAUCAGACACGUGUCUGUGGCCCCAAAAGAAGGGGAAACCGGGGAUGAACGCUCUGAUGGACUCCGAUAGCGAGAGUGACAAUUCUGACGGCUACGGCAACGAUGACGACAACACCAUGAACAGUAAUUCAACCAAUGAUGACGUUGAGAUUGAGGGGCGGGAAUCCUCAGUUUCGCAGAAUGAGUUCACCUCAGAUUUAGAACUUUCGGCCAUGGAUACACAAGACGCACUCGGCGGUCAUGACAAUAGAACCUCGUCCGAUAUGGACAACUCAAACGAUGGCGAUGUUGAAGAUUUAAUCAGGAAUUCUUUUCACAAGUCUGAGCACAAAAGGCAAAAGCUGAAAAGUAAGGACUCGGAUUCGCGUUCUAGAAGCACGUCAUCGUUACUUCUAGACCUGACCGACGGAAAAUCGUACAUGCCGUCAUCCGUGAGCAUUACACCGAUAGGAUCCGCUUCCUCUAAUCCAUCCAAUUCCGGGUCCAAUAUAUCGUCAAUGUUGUGCCUCGAUAGAAGACCUGGCAUAGAAAUUAUACCCAUCACGGCUGCCGCACCGGCCGCUCUACCCAGUUCUAUAACGAUCACACCUAUUACAUCCUCACAAGUUAAGUCAAUGGACGAUCGUAUAAGAUCUGAUAAAAAAUCGAGUAGAUCAGGCGAGGAGCGCAGCAAGGAGAAAAAGAAAAAGAGGCGGAGGGAUGACUCCAUGGGCCCACCGGAAAAGAUUCCUCCCAAGCAAGACCCGUUAACUAAACCGGUAUCUGUUAGUAUUAAACCAACGGAUGGAUCUCCAAUGCGCUCAAGUUCCCCAAACUCGCUUCUACGAAAAUUUAGCCCUAGCCCCACUCACGGCAGGUCAGUUUCGAUUACGAAAUCACCAAGUCCAAGUAGUGUCAAGGGCGUUGGUAAACCUUCGGGAACAUCCAGCCAUCACAGUAGUCCUAGACAUUCACCAGUUCCAAACAGCCCCAAACAUCUUCCUGGAUACUCGAGUCCAAAAAACCACAGCAUCUCUUCACCAAAACAUAGUUCCUCUGGUUCCGGAAAACCGAGCAUGUCGACGUUAAAAUCAGCAACCAGCGGCUCUCCAUCUGGUAAAUCUGGCACCACUGGUUAUGACCUAACUAAAAAGAUAUCCAAAGACAGUUAUGGGUCUAGUUCAAUGGUCUCCAGAGAUAAAGAGAAAAAACAUUCCAGUUUAUCUUUUUCUAGUUCAGACAGAAGCAGUCCCAAGUUAAAAAACCCAAUCAAAUUAAAACAAUUAGAAAUCACUCCGGUGACAUGUGACAGCCCCGUGACAGAACCUUUGAUAUCUCCGCCGAAUGUUGAAGUGAACAAGUCAAAUGCCCCCAGCCAGGCUCGUAAUCGUAAAGGCUCUCUCAGCGCUGUAAUAGACAAACUUAAAUCAGCUCAACAUUGUGGCACCGAUUCAGAAAUAACACCGAAAUCUAGUUCCUCGAGCAGCGCUAGCAAAUUCUCAGAUCCAAAAAACAGUCCAAUGAGUAGUAAUUUAAAGCUAGGCGAAAGUAAAAAUCAGGAAUACAUGGUUAAACCUAGCUUAGACGGUAUGAAAAUAACAAUAAAUAAAACUAGAUCCAAGGAGUCGUCAUCAUCCAGUAGUAGUUCAAAACUAAAUUAUUCCAGUUCGGGCUCUAGUAAACAGUCAUCACCUCAACUUACUCCGCCAAGUCAGGGUUCUCCUAAAACACAUACGGGGUUAAAACCGGGCGUAAUUAGUGGCCCUGCUUCUAAAAAAACCCAAGCCAUGCAAUCUUCUAAAUCUGCUAGUAUGAACGCUGCUUCAACUGCUUCUAAAACAAAUAUCAGUCCCUCAGAUCAGUCAGUCCCAAAAGUGCCUUAUUCAAAAUCAUCCAGUAGCAGUUCCGCGGGUAUAAAUUUGUCAAAAUCGGUUUCCAAAUCGUCUGGUUCGCCCAAGAGUAGCAGUUCAGACCUUUCCAAGAUUAUGCGAGAUAGAGAUCGCGAAAAAGCUAGGACUAAGAUAAUGAGCAAUUCUGAAAAAUCAAUUUUUUCAUCUAAAUCAGAACGCCAUUCUAGUCCCAGUGGUUCAAGAGAUGAAGUUGACGGCGAUCGAUAUAAAAGUUCAGUUAAAGAUGCAAGUUUCUUAGUCGAAGGGCUAAUUAAGCCUCUUGAUACUAGUAAAUUUCAAAUUCCUAAGAUAAAGAAUCAAAAUACUCCCGACAAAAACAGUCCAGUGUCACAGUAUGACAGUCGAUCGAUGGUUAACGACUUUGCUAGGUCUAUGGACCAAAACAAAUAUUCAUUUUCUCACUUCGACAAUCCAAAUAGAGGCGUUGAUUCUAUGCAGAAAUCUGCAUAUCCUCUAAAUGUACCUAAACCAUUAUUAAAUAUCGGAGGCGUGAGCCCAAAAACGAUGCCGAAGGGCGAUCCAUCUGAAUAUACAAAAGUAUUAUCCGACAAUAUGGGAAAAGGCGAGAGUCCACUGCGAAACAAAGACGAUUCAAAAGAAAGUUACCCUGGGAGUUAUCCUCUUAUGCCGUUGGAUUUUAAAACAGAAAUGGCAAAAGGAUUCGCUGCACCCAAAGGGAGUUCUGAAGACAGAAAAGGUGCUGACUCUUGUAUGAAGCCACCGGCUAGUGGGUCGAUUGCGCGGAGUGGUGCUACAACUCCUCAAGAGGCGGCUGAAAUGCUGCUCGAUUUUUCAUCGUCGUCCGGUAGCAAAGUAUCUGGUAUGGUGGCCGUGAGAUCAGUUUAUCCAGCCUCUCCGGCACUAUUGCAAUUAGCCAAAAGUCCUGCUCCCUCCCCCUUGGUCGCACCAUCACCCCACUCUAAUUCACCUUGUAUUACGGAUGAUGAACUAAUUGAUGAAACGAUGGUCGGUCCCGGAAAGUGAAAACUAUUGUAAUCGUGAGAAACAGCAGCAUUACAUUGAAUAUUCCAACAUUUGUGCUACAAAUUACAAUGUAUGAAAAGAAUCUUCAAGGCGAGUUGAACGUUGAUAGGUAGUUGCAUAAUUUAUAUUCCUUUCGUAAAAAUAUCCAAUUCCGUCCACUCGACAUUUUAAUUUUUAAUGUAAUUUAUUUCAGCAUGUUUAAUUACAAACCUAUUACUAUGAAAGACCUUGAAAAUCUAUUUUAAUUUCACCUAUUUUAACCACAUCUAUUUAGUUGUUUUUAAAGAUUUAAAAAAUAUAUAUUUCAUCCAUGGAUUGUUUUAAUUCUUAUCUAAGUAUUAUAAAUGAAAUAAAUAGUCAUAAAUUAUGUAAAACUGUGUCACAUAUCUGAAAAACAUAGAAAAAUAUACCAUUUCAUUCCGAGGCUUUCCUAACUUUGUAAAUAAAUAAAUUUAAUAGAUGUAUUAAAGAAAAUCCUUAAACAACGGGAGCAAGAUUCAUGUAUAUAUGUUAUAAAUCCAUUUAAAAUAUAAAAUUGACUAUGCAAUAUGUAAAUAUAUUUUAACUGUAACAGCAAUAUAUUAUUAUUAUCUGCAUGGUUUUACCUAAAUCGAAAAACAAUUUUGCCCACUGGACCUGAAUAAACAUUUUAGUAAGAAUAUUCAAUGUACUGCUAUAAAAUUGAAAUGAAAAUAUUAACCUUUAUGUGUGACUUUUUAUUUUUUGUAAAUUAUUUAUAGAAAAAGACAAUUAUUUAUAAAUACUCAUUUAAGUUUUUAUUAAUGUAUUUAUGCAAUUAAUUCUACUCAAUAUUAAAAUCAUUGAAAUGUAAGAAAAUACUAUCUAUAGUUCAAUGCCGAUGGAAAUCCUAAAUGAUGUUAUUUACUAAAUUAAUAUUUCAAUACGUAUUUUUUUAUUUGAUGCAAUAGUAUGAAAACAAUAAUAUUAAUUAUUAUUUUUUGUUGGCAAUUUAUUUCCAGUGCAGUGAUAGCCUAGUGGAUAUGACCUCUGCCUCCGAUUCCGGAGGGUGUGGGUUCGAAUCCGGUCCCGGGCAUGCACCUCCAACUUUUCAGUUGUGUGCAUUUUAAGAAAUUAAAUAUCACGUGUCUCAAUCGGUGAAGGAAAACAUCGUGAGGAAACCUGCAUACCAGAGAAUUAUCUUCAUUCUCUGCGUGUGUGAAGUCUGCCAAUCCGCAUUGGGCCAGCGUGGUGGACUAUUGGCCUAACCCCUCUCAUUCGGAGAGGAGACUCGAGCUCAGCAGUGAGCCGAAUAUGGGUUGAUGACGACGAAUUUAUUUCACUUCAUUUAGUUAUUUUAUUUCAAUUACGGUUCCAUCACAAAUUUAAGUUUCAGGAGAUCAUUAAUUUUCGGCUCUUUUUGAAAGUGAAUGGCACGAACGGUAUAACGGUCCAUUUUGAGCAAUAGUUCGUAUAGCAUUAGUAAUGGUAGUAUGGCUCUGUACCAAGUUAUACAGGUUCGAUGACUCUUCACUUCUAUACCUACAUUUUAUUGAGUUUAGUAGAUUUUUAUCUUGGCGGGCACUUUUGAAAAUCGACAAAAUGUAUGGAAAUGACGAAUCGUCGAACCUGUAUAACUCAGUUCAACCGUUUUGUGCCACAUUAGUUACAGUUAGUGCUAGUUCUAAUGAGUCAUGCCAAGUUUUUUGUUGGCCGGCACUUUCAAAAAAAGCCCAAAAAAUGUAUGGAACGUGAAUGAUCUCUUUUACACGUUAUUACACGCUACCCAAAGUAAUCACUAUCCAAACUACAAUAAUUGACUGACAAACUUUUAUAACAUUACUGAAAAAAUCAUAAUAUGCAAAAUUGACAAUCUAAAAACCUCCAUUAUAUACAAUUUCUAAGAAAAUGGCGAUUAGUUUUCUAUUUUUCUCAGUAUUAUUAGUAUCAUUGUUUAAUUCAAUGAUAUUUAUACCGAGAAAAAUGUUUUGUUUAAUAAAAUUGCGCAUGAUAGGUACAAUUAACCUUUAUUCGCUGUUUUCCUAUAACUUUUCUUUAUUCAAUCUAAAGAUUAAAUUAUAAGGCUGUAUUUUUAAAUUAUAAUGCUAUUUAUCAUUUAGUAUUUCUACCGACGUUUAAUGGUAUGGUAGCAUAGGUUGUACUUUCAUCUAACAAUGUAGUAGAAAAUAACACAACAAUGAAGUUGUUUAUGGCAUAAUAAUAAAUUAUUUAAUAACUUUAAUUUAUUUAUACACUUUUAAUCUUAAAUGUAUACGCUAUUAGCAUUGAUUCUUUAUGUUUACAUCAUUAUGUUGUAUACAAUGUUCAUAAAUAGGCAAUGUAACAACAAUCUGCCAUGAAUGAAAUACCAUUGUAAGAAUAUUUAAAAUGGUAUGUGUUCUAUUGUAUUUUAAUAGGAAAACUAUUUAAAAAUAUAAUCUGUUAAUUUAUAAGUGUAUGUAAAUAAAUGAUGAUAAUAUGUAAUUAUAAUUCGUACACAAAUCUGAUCGAUGAAUCAAUUGAUAAAGCAUUUACAUACAUGCGUAUAGGUGUAACUAAGGUUUUACCAAUAAAUGUAUUUCAAGCCAUA